AUGGCAGUUUUAAAUACUUUUACACUGUGCUACAUGAUAUUUUUCUUAUCAAGCCAGUGUUGUUUUGCAACGUCUGUACCAUUAUCUACAGGAACUGAAACCCGUGAAGCUACGACAAGGGGCUCCAGUUUUUACCACAACGUAAUGACCGCAUUGCUGCAAAAUGUCAACGAAAAGUCUUAUAAUAAUACAGUUAAAAGUCGAUAUAAAAGAGAUGAAGAAGGAUUGUCGUCAUCAGUAAUGGUGCGCCUGAUUGUGAAGUUACUCAAGACUAUAUUGUUUGCAAAAGCCGAUGACGAUGAUCAUCCACUGUCUAAAGCAAGAGCCGAACCCGUUGUAAGCCACAUUAAGACCAAAUUCUUCGGGCCCAUGUUCGAAUAA